GACUUGGGCUCCCCGAGAUGGACCAGCAGCAAGGCUGACAUCGGUGUCGCGCAGCGGGGCAGGCUCUCCAGUUUUCACAACACCAUGCAAGUAGCAGAGGAUGCCUGCACCCAUUCAGAGGACGAGUUGCUCUUCUGUGAAGACUGCGCCUUUAUUUCCGGGAAUCCUGCCCACAACAUGGAGCUCCUACCUUCAUCGCUGACUCCCCUGUACCAGAGAGGAUCCUCUCCCGGGCAUUGCUAUCUCUGCCUGACGGGCUGGUGGUCAAGGAGCGUCCCGAAGGAGGCCUUGGCGUCUGGAGCACUCUUCCAGCCCUGCCUCGUGGCUGCCUCUUUGGGCCCUUUGAAGGUGAAGUGGUCCGGGAACAUGGCAACUGCACCCGUUAUUCUUGGGCGGUGCGGGAGAAUGGCUCCUAUUUCUUUAUCGAUGCAUCAGACGAUUCCAAAGCCAACUGGAUGAGAUACGUGGCAUGUGCCUCUACUGAGGAUGAGCAAAACCUGACUGUCUUCCAGUAUCGAGGGCACAUCUAUUACCGGGUCUGCCAAACGAUAGCUGCCAAUACAGAGCUACUGGUGUGGAUAGGAGAAGAGUAUGCCUGUACCCUGGGACUGCGCUUGGGGGAGCAUUUUAAAUACGAAUUUGGCGAGAAGGAGCUGCUGAUGAAGCUUUUUCAAGACUUGCAUGUCAAGGCGCCGUCCUCGCCUCUCGCUCCUCACGCCCCUUCCUCCCGCACGCAGUACCUCUGUGGAGACUCCACCGCUUCAUCCCUCCCGCCCCUCCACAAGUCAGGGCUUCCUCCCCCAGGAGGAAGCACUUUCCCCCUCCUGGAAGGGAUGCAAAACCUGGUGGGCUUGGGAAGGGCUCAAAGCCGCUACUGGACUUUCUUUGGCUUCCAAGGGGAUGCUUACGGCCGCAUCCUGGACAAGAGCAAGAUUAUUUGCAAGCUGUGUGGGGUCCGGCUGAGCUACAGCGGCAACACCACUAACCUGCGGCAGCACCUCAUCUACAAGCACCGUGGGGAAUACAACCAGCUGGUGGGGACACCCACGGCCGUCCUCGACAAAGGGAUCACAUCGGGGGCGGGGGAGUUUGGCGCUACCCGCCCUCCGGCCCCCAGCAGGACCACGCGGGCUGUGGCUGACUUCAUCAUCCUGGACCUCAUGCCGGUAGAGGUGGUGGAAGGGGAAGGGUUUGGGCAGAUGCUGGGAGUCCUGGAUCCCAACUACAAGCCCCCAAAUGCUGCCUCCUUGGCCCACACAGUGCUGAAGGACAUGUACAACCAAGCAAAGAGGAAAAUCUUGGAACUGACUCAAGCUGUGGCCCAGUGCUCCCUCAGUUUGGACAUAUGGCGGCACAGCAACACCCUCACCUACCUCACACUCACCGCGCACUACGUGGACGAGUGCUUUGAAGCUCAGGCUCGUGUCCUCUCCAGCUGCCCAGUCCCUGAGGAGCCCAGUGCGGAAAGCCUGGUGGAGGCACUUACCGAGGCCAGCAAGGAAUGGGGGGUGCAGGACAGCACCUCCUAUGCCGUCGGGGGCCUCCGAGCCACCUUCCAGCAAGCCGCCGGGGUGCUUGGCUGGACGGCCUUGCCUUGCAUCGGGCACGCCUUGCAGGCAGCCAUGGAGGCCGUGCUCAGCCAGCCAGCGGCCCAGAGUGCCUUGGAACGGCUCCACCGCUUGGCGUCUUGGGUGCUGGCUGGGGCAGGCCGGGGUGAGAAACUGUGGAGCCAGGAGCCCCUCCUGCAAGCUCACCUGGGCUGCUUCCUGCAAGAUGGAGGCAAAUGGCACAGCAUCUAUGGACUCCUGCAGAGGCUGCUAGAGCACCGUGAGGCUCUGUCAGGGCUCAGGCCAGAUGGGGAGGUGACUCUGCGACCCCAGGACUGGGCCGCCCUUCAGGAUAUGGUCAAAGUCCUCAAGCCUAUGGCCAUUGCUACCUCAACGUUUACCAAAGAGCCCUUUUCCAGCCUGUCUUUAGUCAAACCUAUGCUCACAAGCCUACUUUACAAGCAUCUGGUGGCCAGUGAAAGGGACUCCACCUUGGCUCGUGAAGCCAAAGCAGCCGCCCAGAAGGAGCUGAGUCGACAGUUCUCUAGUUCAGAUGUCAACCAGGCCCUCAACCUGGCCUGUGCUCUGGACCCUCGCUUCCGAGGCCUGGAUUUCCUGAGCCAGUCCAACCGAGUAGAGACCUUACGCUUGCUUGGGGCGGAAGCUUCACGCCUGGCCGAGGCCCCAAUGGCGUUGACCUCCAGCCUGCCUAAUGUGGCUUCCUCCUCACCCCCUGCCAAACUACCAAAGCAAGACCCUGGCAUUGAAUUCCUCCUGGGGGACCUAUGCAGCCUGAGCGGUGCCUCAGGCAUCGGCUCAGUGCAUCAUCAGGCCGAGCAAGAGACAGCCAGCUUCCAAUCCAGCAAGGCCUCUGCCCUUAGCCAAGACCCUUUGCAAUGGUGGAAAACUCACCAUGCCCAGUACCCAUUACUGGCACGGGCAGCCCGCAAGCUACUGGGUGUGCCUGCCACCUCAGUGCCCGCUAGCUGGCUCUUCAGCAAUGCUGGGGAUGCCAUCCGCACAAAGCGCCAAGCCUUGACACCAGAACAUGUUGACAUGCUGGUCUUCCUCCAUGGCAACCGAGCGAUGCUGUAUUAGGUCAAUGGUUCAGUCUGUGGCCUGGAGAGGUUUAGGACUUCAGCUCCCAGAAGCCCUAGGCAGCAUGGCCAGUAGUGAAAAAAAUCUAGGAGUUGGAGUCUAAAAAACUAAGACCAAAGAUUAAGAAUUUUUGUAUGAAAGGAGUUGUUUGGAGGGGGUCUUGGCCUCUUGUCUGUCAGCAGAAUCCUAGCUCCUCCUCCUCAAAGUAUUGGAAGGAACAUUAUAGCCACGCUGUCCCCCUCUGGUCUCCCUCUAGUGGACUUCAGGGAAAUAACUGCUUCCCUUUUUUAUGACAUUUCUCCCAGAAUUCUUCAGCCACAGUGGUUACUGUAGCUGGGGCAUUCUGGGAAAUGUCCCCAAAAAUAACUUCCAAGUCCUGAAUUGCUUCCCAGAAGGAGAGUCAUGAUCUGUGUAUGACAUGGGGUUCGAAAAGAGAACAAACCAUUUGUGGGGAGAGUGUCCACAUGUCAUAAUAGCCUAAAAAAAUAAAGUACAGCGGUGACAAGUAACAGCCAUGUUAGAAAUGAGAGAUACUCCAUUUUCUGCUGCAGAGGAGACCAAGAUAAAUUGUGUGCAUGAAGAAUACAUAGAAGGGAUGGAAAACCUGAAUAAUAUUUGUGAAUGCUAGGAAAUAGAGGUGGAUAACCUAUACUGUACAUCUAAUAUAUGCUACAGUUCUCCUGUCAUUUAUAGGUUCAUUCAUGCCAAGUACAGGAAUGGACCCAUAAAAAAAGAGAGAGGGGACACUUGAGAACAGAAGUAGCCUAUGUGCAAGGCGGAGAAACAGCAGCAAAUUGGAAUAUUCCAUGUAUGGGGGAGGACAGGUGCAACUCUGAAUGAUGGAAAAGAAACUCUGUAGUACAACUACAGGCAGAAAACUGUAUAGUGUAUGCAUGUGCUGAAGGCAGCAUUAGCUCAACUUCAAGGGGGCAGAAGGGGGGGGAAUUGACCAGACCAAGCCAAGUGCUUUGCAUAGUAAUUUUCCUCUGUGUUACAGAGAGGUGGGGUUUGUGCUGUGGUUUGGUUCCUCCUCCUCCCCUCUUAAAAAUGAGCAGCCGUGCAAGUUAUCUGCAGUUCAAGAGGGAGGGUUUGAAUGGUUUCGAAUGGCAAGCAGCAGUUGAGGGAUGUACUGUAAGUGAAAGACACAUAGAUCAAACCUACGUUUCUUGCCUUCAAGAGCUGAUAUUUUUUUUCAAAAAAGGAAGCCACUGAGCCAUCCAGGUGCACUCUGUGAAUUCUGUACAUCUGUCUGUUUUUAUUCCUGCUCCCCCAAGUCCAAGUAACAGAUUAAGAACAAGAAAAACUGCUGAGAAUACAAACCCCCGACCUUCUCUGAAACCAGUGAUAUCCUCUGGCAGAUCUUCCUCUAUUCUGGAGCAGUAAACUGACCUUAAACCAAAGAAAGUUGUAAAUGUUUCCACUUCCAUCUAUUUCUCUGCCCUUUUCCUUUUUCUCCUUCACCCCCAUAUGCAUAUCCCUUGUCCUGCCAGCCCCCCCCCAUAUUUGCAUGUCUAGGAAACUGUUCAAGGUGUAAAAUAUGAAAGAGCAAAGCUGAGAAUGGGAAGAGAAAAAUUAUCAUUGCUACCAUCCCACCCACCCAUUUUUCAGAGGGAGGGGAGGGGGACGAAUGACAGCAGGGAAGGACCCUGCCUCUCCCCUCUCCACAUCGUAACAAGUUUUGUUUGAUUUUUUUUAUUUAAAGUCCAUAAUCCAUGUUUCAACAAGGAAAUAAAAGAUGCUUUAUUUUA